AUGGAGACGGACACGACGAAGAAGGAAGAGGCCGUAGCCUCGGGGCCCUCCAAAGCCCUCGAACUCCUCGACACCGCCGAGGGUGAAGUCAUCGACUCGGGGGAGAGCGCGGCCCUCCUGAGACGGCUCGACCUCAGGCUCAUGCCGCUGCUCUGCAUCACCUACGCGCUGCAGUCCAUCGACCGCACCACCCUGAGCUACGCCGCCGUCUUCGGCGUCCGCGAGGACCUCGGCCUCACCGGCUCCGAGUACUCCUGGGCGGGCGCCCUGCUGUACGUGGGCUACCUAUUCUGGGAGUUCCCGACCAACGUCCUGCUGCAGAAGCUGCCCAUCAACCGCUUCAUGUCCGCGACCGUCGUCAUGUGGGGCGCCGUGCUCAUGUGCCACGCCGCGUCGCACAACUUCGCCGGCCUCGCGGCGACGAGGACGUUCCUCGGCGCCUUCGAGGCCUCCAUCAACCCCGGCACGAUGCUGUUGUUCUCCAUGUACUACUCGAGGAGGGAGCAGCCCGUGCGCAUGGGCAUCUGGAUCGGGUCCGCGGGCCUGGGGUACGUCACCGCGGGCCUCGUGACCUUUGGCAUCGGCCACAUCCAGGGGUCCAUUGCGAGCUGGCGGCUCCUGUUCCUGUUCUGGGGCGCGGUCACAGUGGCCUGGGGCGCCCUCAUGCUGCUCUUCCUGCCCGGGUCGCCGCUCACGACGACGUUUUUGUCGGAGAGGGAGAGGGCAAUGGUCAUCAGCCGCGUCAAGGCCAACGGCACCGGGGUCGAGAACAAGACCUUCAAGUGGCCCCAGUUCAGGGAGGCCAUGACGGACAUGAAGACUUGGUUGCUGUUUGUGUUCGCUGUUGCGAGUAACAGCCCCAACGGUGGGCUGACGACGUUCCAAGGUCUUGUGAUUAAGGGAAUGGGCUUCUCGACUCUCGAAACCACCCUCAUCCAAAUGCCGUCAGGAGGUGUUCAGCUCAUUCUCUGUCCCUUGGCAUGUUACUUUGCUUCGCACUAUUCAAACGCCCGCAUAGCCAUCAUGCUAAUGUGCCUCGCUCCUUUCCUUGCGGGAAUCCUCGGUCUCUGGCUGAUCGACCAGUCCAGCCCCUACGGCCGUCUCGCCUGCCUCUGGAUCUCGUUCGCCUACACCGCCACCUGGACGCUGUCCAUGUCCGUCGCCACGGCCAACACCGCCGGGCACACGAAGAAGAUCACGACGAACGCCAUGCUCCUGAUCGGGUACUGCCUCGGCAACUUCGUCGGCCCCUUCUUCUUCAAGGCGGAGCAGGCUCCGAGGUAUCCCUUGGGCGUGGCGAUGAUGAUAUUCUGCAUCGGCGUGCAGAUUGCGUGCUUGUGCGGCAUCUGGGUUCUCCUAUGGCUCCGCAACCGAUCAAGGAGGUCGGAACAUGCGGCUUCGCAGGAGAACGAGAACCAAGCGUACGAGCGAGGUCUUCUGGACGAGACGGACUUCCAGAACAAGUACUUUAAGUAUGUUUACUAG